AUGAGUGCUUUCGUUCUUGGUUCAACUGGGUUAGUUGGUCUUCAAAUCCUUAAAUAUGCUGAAAAGUCUCCUUUAUAUGAAAAGGUAGUUACUGUCUCUCGUCGCGCUCCUUCUGUUCAAAGCGAUAAGGUAAAUUCAAUCAUUGAAGGUGACUCUAGUAAAUGGAGUGACAUAAUUAAGAAAGAAGUUCCUAAAGGAAAAACCUUUUAUAGUGGGUUUGGUACUACUAGAGCUGCCGCUGGUUCUGCUGAGAAGUUUAAAGAGAUUGAUUAUGGUAUUAAUUAUGCUGCUGCAAAAGCGGCUAAAGAAGCUGGUGUUGAAACUGUGGUUUUAAUCUCCACUAUGGGAGCCAAUGCUCAAUCUUCUUUACUUUAUUUCCAAACUAAAGGGAAAUUAGAAGAUGAUAUCAUUGAUUUGAAGUUCCCAAGAACUAUUAUUUUAAGACCAGGGGCUUUAUUAGGUGAAAGAGAUAAACCAAAAGAUCUUCUUAAUAAUGUUACCGCUACUGUUUUUAAAUUCUUCCAUGGUGGAGCAUUGUCAUUUGUUGGUUAUCCAAUUUUUGGUCACGAAUUAGGUCAAAUUGCUGUUAAUCUUGCUCUGGAACCAUUGAGCAAAAGUGGUGAACCAGAAGUUAAAAUUGUUAGUGGUGGUGAAAUAACUGCGUUAGCAAAGAAAUUAUAG